UUUGUCAAGUAACAGAUGUGAUAACUAAAUAAUUUGAGCUCCAAAGUGAAGAUUUGACAAUAAACUGAAUGUUUUUGGGUUUCAGACAAAACGAGGGAUCUGAAUUCAUACCUUCAGACAAAACGAGGGAUCUGAAUUCAUACCUUCAGACAAAACGAGGGAUCUGAAUUCAUACCUUCAGACAAAACAAUUGUCAGUUGCUCCCUUUAUGUGUAAUUUAAGUACUCUGACCUGCUCUUUUUUAACAGGAAAAACAAAAAUGGCAAUACGAUCAAACUUCAAAGGAAAGGUUUUAUGGAUCAUGCUGGUUUUGGUGACAGCGGCUGUUGUCAUGACUCUAAUCCUGCAGAAAUCCAGCAGCUCAUCCAAAGCUUUCAACGAGGAUUUGCGUAGUUCUUUAUCUGGAGGAUCUGAAACGCCCAAGACGUCCUCUAAAGCUGGAUCGUGCAGUAUCAGAGACUGUCCGGUGGAUUCCUUCAGCUUCUUCAUCCAAAGUGGAGCCGCCAACGUCGUGGCUGCAAAGAUCUGCCUCCAAAACAAGCUGGUUCUUGGAGCGGUCUUGAACAAUGCUGCACCAGGAAUCAACAUUGUUCUAAUGAACGGUAAAACCGGAGAAGUCAUGAAGACGGGUACCUUUAACAUGUAUAGUGACGAUGUGAAACCUCUCGUCGAGUUCCUGAAGAGCAUCGAGACAGGAAAUGUGGUGCUGAUGGCGUCCUACGACGAGCCGUCAACAAAGUAA